AUGAAUGUCGGGUCAGAGGUUUACUGCAAUGGAAUGUGCGGAGCGCUUAAUACUUUUGUUAGUGGAGAAAAUGUCACCACCUAUAUGUGCACACCCAGAGCUGUUUGCAGGCAACUGGAGUUGUACGACGAAUGGAAGCGGUUACCCCUGGAUCGUGAAGUCCGGGCUCUGUGCUGUGAUAACUUUAACUACUGUAAUGUUCGUGACCCU